UCCCGAUCUUGAUCUGCCACGGACAGUUGAUUACGAUCAAGGCGAUUGUGACCGAUCGAUAGUUGUGGAAAACAGACUCGUUAAAGGCACAGUGAACCUUGUUCUCCCCGCACAAUGACCGAGAACUCGAGAAUCGUCAAAGAUAGUGUAACGCCCGUGAUCGUGAAAGGAGUAGUAGCGGCCACGAAUGGGCAUCACGCGCAGCUGAACGGUGGUCACGCCGCCCUCGGGAAGGAUGGCAAGAAGGUGAUCGUACCGUUGCUGGAGGCCGAUGCUCACGCAGUGCACGAACCGCCAGACGGUGGCACUCGGGCCUGGCUGGUGAUGAUCGGUGCAUUCCUCUGCAACGGUGUCCUGUUCGGUGUGAUCAACACGUACAGCGUAGUGUACCUGAGCCUUCAGAAGCAGCUACAGGCGGUCGGAGACAAUGAAGCAUCCAGCAAAGCAGCACUCGUCGGUUCGUUGACGAUCGGCACGACCUUUCUGCUAUCCCCCGUAUCCGGUAUCCUGACGGACAAGAUUGGGCUGCGGCGAACAACCUUCAUUGGUGGGCUGCUAACAUGCAGCGGCAUGUUCCUGUCGUCCUUCUUCACGGAUAACGUUACCGCACUGUAUUUCACGUACGGUAUCAUGUUUGGGUUGGGAGCGGCACUGGCUUAUACUCCGUCCCUCGCUAUUCUCGGUCACUAUUUCAAGCGCUACCUAGGGCUGGUGAAUGGCAUUGUAACGGCAGGCUCGAGCGUGUUCACCGCCAUCAUGCCCAUCUGUCUCGACUAUCUGGUCGAACAUACCGGGCUGAAAACGUCCUUCCGCAUACUGGCCGUCAUAUCAAGCUUUGUGAUAUUCUGUGCAAUGCUGUACAAACCACUACAACCUCCGCCACCACCGCCGAAGGUAAAACCGGGCCGCUCGGCCGUCAACACGUUCCUCCGUUCAUUCAUCAACUUUGACAACUGGAAGAAGAAGCGAUACAUCAUCUGGGCGGUUUCGAUCCCCAUCGCACUGUUCGGGUACUUUGUGCCGUACGUUCAUAUGGGAAAGUUUGUGCAGGACAAUUUCCCGGGGAAGGGCGAAAAUCUGCCUGUAAUGUGCAUUGGCAUCACGUCCGGAUUAGGACGACUGCUGUUCGGAUUCAUUGCUGAUAUGCCACGCGUAAACAGAGUGCUGCUGCAGCAAAUGUCGUUCGUGCUGAUCGGUACGCUGACGAUGUGUUUACCGGCGACCGGUUCGUUCCCGCUGCUGCUGGCCAUUGCCCUGGCGAUGGGUCUGUUCGAUGGGUGCUUCAUCUCACUGCUAGGACCGAUCGCGUACGAUAUCUGUGGACCGCGCGGCGCAACGCAAGCGAUCGGAUUUCUGCUCGGGAUGUGCUCACUGCCCCUGACGCUUGGACCGCCAGUUGCGGGCAUGCUGUAUGAUCAGACCGGUUCGUACAAACUGCCCUUCAUUCUGGCCGGUAUUCCACCGCUGUUCGGUGCUAGCACCAUGUUCCUUAUACGCUGCGUCAAGGAUGAGGCCUCGAAGCAGCAAACGAUGACGACGGAACCGAAGCUGGAACCGUUGGCACACACUGCCUGGGACUGCGAAAACUCAACGGAUGGUAAACCGAUAAAUGGACAGCUACAUCACGAGCGCCGGGCAACGUUGGCCAGUUCAGAAUCACUCACAGCGGAAAAAAAUGAAACGGGUUAGGCUGGGUGUGUGUAUGUGUGUGUGUGUGUGUGUGUGUGUGUGUGUGUGUGUGUGUGUGUGUGUGUGUGUGUGUGUGUGUGUGUGUGUGUUUGCGCUGAUUGCGAUCAGGCCACCAGCCUCAGGCUCGUUCCAGAUAGUUCGCUGGUGGAGGGGCACGCAGGGCUUAACUAGCUCGCAAACCAUGGUUUUGCAGGAUGUUUUGUAAAGAAGCAAUUCUAGGUCGCGCGCAAUACCACGUAUGAUCGAAAGACGGGUUUGUUACUUCACACCAUAUGUAGGAAGUGCCAGAGUGGAUUAAAAAACAUCGCGCAUUGUUCAAUUUUGUGUAGAUAGUUAGAUACAGUGACUAGAUACAGAAAUAUCACCAAAAUAAAAAAGAAAAUGUAAACCUGCGCACGCCCUUACAUGCAGCCAAAAUGUGUGGAUCAGUCACGGCAUAGCCGGAUGAUGUUCGCAUGCAGCAUUUCGUGAAUAAUAUACACGGUCCAGGUACAGAUAUAGAAAAAUAGAGAGAUAGACACAGAGAUAGAGAGCAAGAGGGAGAUGGAGAGAGAGAGCGAGAGAAAGAGAGAGAUAG